AGAGAGGGGAGUAAAUCGAGAAUGGUGGGGAUUUCAUAAAAUCGGGUUGGAAGGAACGUGACUAAAUUCACCUUCUGUAUUGUUGAAGGUCGAAAGAAUAUUUUCAAAAUUUGUUUCAGAUUUGCAAGUAACUUGCAAAUUUAUUACUAUUAAUAGUUUACUUGUAUCAAUAUACUCUAAGGCCAUGGGUCGUAAAUUUUUUGUUGGUGGUAAUUGGAAAAUGAAUGGUACCAAAAGUGAAAUAAAUGAUAUUGUUGGCUUUUUAAAAAAAGGUCCACUUGAUUCAAAUGUUGAGGUUGUCGUUGGAGUACCAUCUAUAUAUUUAACAUAUGCCAAAAAUAUAUUACCCAAUAAUAUUAGUAUUGCUGGACAAAAUACAUAUAAGGUUGCAAAAGGAGCAUUUACUGGAGAAAUAAGUCCUGCUAUGCUUUUGGACAAUGGAAUCCCAUGGGUAAUUCUUGGUCAUUCUGAACGUAGAAAUAUUUUUGGUGAAAAUGAUGAAUUAAUAGCAGAAAAAGUAGCCCAUGCUUUAGAUAGUGGACUAAAGGUAAUUGCAUGUAUUGGAGAAAAAUUAGAAGAAAGAGAAGCUGGUAAAACAGAUGAAGUAGUUUUUAGACAGACGAAAGCUAUUGCAAAUAAAAUCAAUUCAUGGGAUAAUGUAGUUGUUGCUUAUGAACCAGUUUGGGCAAUUGGAACGGGUAAAACAGCCACACCACAACAAGCUCAAGAGGUUCAUGAAAAACUAAGAAAUUGGUUCUCUAAAAAUGUUAAUCAAACUGUCGCAGAAACUGUUAGAAUUAUUUAUGGAGGUUCAGUAACAGCAGGAAAUGCAAAAGAUUUAGCAAAAGAGAAAGAUAUUGAUGGAUUUUUAGUUGGUGGAGCAUCUUUAAAACCUGAUUUUGUACAGAUCGUUAAUGCUAAGCAGUGAGAUGAAAUAUUCUUUAUAUAAGAAUAUUAUUCCUUAAAUUAAUAUACACUCUAGAAUGUGUAUAUUAUAAUAAGUAUAAAAUAAGUAAGAAUUAAUUUAUAAAUAUUUUUCUUGUUGUUUGUAUAGAGAAAGUUUUAUGUCAUGUUCCUGCAAUGAAGAGUUAUUAUCCUACAAUUAACAAUAAAAUAUAUAUUUCAUUCUUCUAUUCUUAAAAAACAUAUGCUUGUUGUAAAUACAUAAUUAUUAAUAAUUCAAUAAAUGUUACAACAAAA